AUGGCGUCCGCGGAGGAACUAAAGGCGGAAAACACCCGCCUUCAAGCGGAGAUGCAAUCCAUGAAGAAGAAGAUCGUUCUAGCUCUCAAAAAGCAGCAGGCGGAGCUUCAAUCUAAAGUCCAAGAGGCCGAACGAGCGCGGGACGAGGCUCUAAAGCGAGCUGAAGCCGCGGAAUCAGGAGCUUCUAACGGAGAUGCGUCUAAAGGAGCGGAUCCGGCCGCGCUGCAGCAGCUUCAGGACCAACUGAAUGCGUCUCAGCAGGAACUGAAAAUGCUCAGGGAAGAGUACGUGGUUGCGAGCGAAAAGCUCAAGGCUGCGGAAGACCAGGCCAGAUCAGCGGAAGAGGAGAGAAAGAAAGCCAUGGAGGACGCGAAUGCGGCUCAGAAGAGCCUUCGCGCGACGAAAGAGGAGGUCCAGAUGGUUCGCGAGCAAUGGACGGCCGCACAAGGCGCACUGAUGACCACUCAGGAGGAGCUUAGCGGUCUGCAGGAGCAGCUGCGGAAGGCGCAGGGGGAGGCGCGGGAAGCGCAGGAAGGGCGCGCGGCUGCGCAGCAGGCGCUGGGGGAGCGGGUGAAGGCGGCGGAGGCGGAGAAGCGGAGCGAUCAGGCGGAUCAGCGGCGCGCGCAGGAGGUGGUGGCGCGCGCGGAGCAACAGCUGAAAGCCGCGCAGGCGGAGCGGGAAAAGGCGAUGGAGGCGUUAACUGCUGCGCGGAGAGAGCUGGAGGAGUCUCGGGCAUACGGCGAAAAGUUGGCCGGGCAGCUGAAAGCAAUUCAGGUGGAACUGGAAGCUUCGAAGGAAGAUGGGAGCAAGCUGCAGGCGCUGGUGGCGGACUUGCAGGGGAAGCUUCCUGCGGUGGAGAAGGAGAAGGAAGGGCUGAGAGUGGAUAAGGAGAAGAUGGAAGCGGAGAUUAAAGCGCUAAGGGAUGAGCUCGAGGGUCUGAGACACGGCAAGGAAGCUUCGCUGGAAGAUCUGCGUGCUCAAGUUGAAAGUUCCAGGAAGGAGUUGGGGGAAGUCAAAUCGGAGCUGGAACAGGCGAAGGAGGAGGCUGGAAAGGCUCAGUGUGAGGCGACGAAUAAGGGCGCGCAGGUGGAGGAGCUGCUUCAGGCGCAGGCGGCGCUUCAGGGGGAGGUUGAGAAGGCCAAGGCAGCGGAAGCAGAGGCGCAGGAAGAACUGGGGAAGGUGCGAUGUGAGGCGACGAACAAGGGCGCGCAAGUAGAGGAGUUGCUUCAGGCUCAGGCGGCUCUUCAGGGGGAGCUUGAGCAAGCCAAGGCGGCGGAAGCUGAAGCGCGAGAGGAACUGGGGAAGGUGCGAUGUGAGGCGACGAACAAGGGCGCGCAGGCAGAGGAGUUGCUUCAGGCGCAGGCUUCGCUGACAGGCCAGGUGGAAGAGGCGAAGGCGGCAGCAGCUAAAGCAGCGGCGGCGGCAGCAGAAGCAGAGGCGGCGCUUCAGGCGCAGCUGGCGGAAGCGAAGAAGGAAGCCGCCAGUCUUACGUCCCAGCUCAAAGGCAUGCGAGGGGCCAUGGAUCAUGUGCAGAAGGCUGCUUCAGAGACAGAGGAGAGCAUGCAGAAAGAGCUGGCAGAUCUCGCCGCCAAGUCAGAUUCCCUCAAAGACCAGCUGGCAGCGAUACAAUCUGAGCUGGCAGCCGCGCAGGCUGAGCUGGCAUCGGCCAAAUCCUCGCUGGAAAAGGAGAUUCAUUCGAGAGAGGCUGCGCAGAGAGAAGCAGAGGAGGCUCGAGCGGCUUUGGACUCUUUCCAGGAAAGUGCCGGGAAGGAGCAGCAGCAAGCUGGGGAGCUGUGGCAGCAGCUUCUAGACUCGCGAAAGCAGGGGUUGGAGAAGGUGGUUGAGGAGAAGGAGAAGGAAGGGGAGGCUGUGAGGGGGGAGCUGGAGGGAGUGAGGGGGCGAUUAGUGGAGGUGGAAGGGAGGGUGAAGGAGUUGGGGGAGGAAGUUACUGCGAAGGAGGGGGAGGUGGCUGGGCUGAGGGGGGAGUUGGAGGUUGCAUUGAAAGCAGCUGAGGAGGCGAAGGAGGAGGGUGAGAAGGUAAGGAACGAGGCGGAGGAGCUAAAGAAGGAGAUGGAUGCGCUAGUAGAGGCGAAGGAGGCGGAUAUUAAAGCCAAGGAGGAGGAAAUAAGGACUAAGGAGGAGGAGAUUCGGGGGCUUAAGGAGAAGGUAAAGCAGGCAGUAUCGGAGAAGGGAUCAGGAGAGGUGGAGGCUGCUAGGAUGGGCGAAGACAGGAAGGCGUUAGAGGGCCGGGUGGCGGAGCUUCAAGGGGAGCUGGAGAAGGCGAAAGCGGAGGUGGAGAGCGGUAACCAGGAGUUGAAGAGGGUGAAAGGGGAAGCAGAGAAAGCAAAAGGGGAGGCGGAGAGCGUUAAAGGGGAACUCGAGAGGGUGAAAGAGGAGGCAGAGAAGGCGAAAGGGGAGGUGGAAAAGGGUGUGGGUGAAGUGGAGAAGGCGAGAGGCGCGCUUAAGGCAGCAGAGGAGAGGGUGAAGGAGAUGGAGGAGAAGGAGGGAGAGUGGGAGGGGCGGGAGGCUGAGUUGAAGAAGAAACUGGAAGCAGCAGAAGCGGAUUUGGCUGCUGAUAAGGCUGAAGCAGCAGCAGCAGGGGCAGAGGCGGCAGGUGCAGCGGCGGCAGGGGCAGUGGCAGGAGAGGCGCGAGUGGCAGAGCUGGAAGAGGCGUUGAAGGUGGUGAAGAGGGAGAAGGAGCGGUUGGAAGAGGAGUUGGAGGAGGCGUUGGGGAAGGCGAGGGAGGCGGGGAGGAGGAGCGAGCAAGCACAGGCGCAGUUAGAAGCUGAGUUGCAGGGGAUGAGGGAGAAGAGUGAGAAGGAGGGUGCAGAGAGGGCGGAUGGAGAGAAGAGAGUAGUUGAGUUGACUGCUGAACUGGAAGGGGUGAGAGCAAGGGUAGAAGCGGCAGAGCUAGAGGCAGGGAGGAUGAGAGAGGAGGCGGAGAGGGGGAGAGAGCAGCUGACGAUGUCGGGCGGUGCGCAGGCUGAGGAGCUGGCGAAGGUGAAUGCUGAGCUGGCAACGGCGAACGCUGAGCUGGCGCGUGUGUCGGGUGAGCUGGCGCAGGCUGCUGCGGCACGUGUGGCGGCGGAGGAGGUGGCUGCCAGGGUGGCGGGUGCUGCAGGGGAGGCGAUGGGGAAGGCUGAGUCAGCAGAGAGCGAGCUAGCGACAGUGCGCAGCAAGCUGGAGUCGGAGGUGAAGGCAGCGGAGGACAAAUACGCAGAGCUGGACAGCAAAUUCAAUCGCCUGCAGAAGAGGGCAAAGCAAAGGAUCCAAGAGGUCACCAAGGAGAAGGAGGAGGCAGAGAGGAAGCUGGCAGAGGAGAGGAAGCAGCAGGCAGCGCUGCAGGAAGAUCUGGAAAGAGCCAAGGGGGUGGCUGCAGAGGCGCAGCGGACGGCUGAGAAGGACAAGGAGCAGCUGAGGAAGACCAACGGAUCGUUGAAAGAAGAGGUGGACGAGUUGAGGCGAGCCCUAGAGCUGAAGGAGCACAACCUCAAAGAGUCAAGGCGAUUGGCAGCGGGCAAGGAGCAGGCGUGGCUGGAGCUGUCGAGCUCAGCGCAGGAGGAGCGGGAGCGCAUGGCGGGGGCUGUGAAGGAGGUGGAGGAGCGGAUGGAGCGGAUGGGGAAGGAGCAGGAGGCGCGCGCGGCUGAGCUGCAGCGAGAGUUGAAUAAGGCUCUGGAGAGCAGCAGUGCGCUGCAGGUCCAGCUGUCGCAGAAGGAGCGCCAGCUGGCAGAGGUGGAGGCCGCCACGUCAGGCGAGCUGGCGCGGCUGUCGGCCACUCUGGAGGCGACACGUGGCGAGCUGCACCGGCUGGAGCAGAAGCUGGCGGAGGAGCGGAGCGGGUGGGAGGAGACGGUGGGGCAGCUGAAGAGGCGGGUUGAGGGGAUGGAGAGGGGGAAGCGCAUGCUGGAGGUGGCGAUGCAGGAGGCGAAGGGGGCGUGGCAGCAGGAGGUGGAGGGGCAGAAGAAGGCUGUUGCUGCUGCCCUGGCGGAUUUAGCUGCUGCACAGGCAGAGGUGGCGAAGGGGCGUAAUGAGCUGGCGGCAUACAAGGUGCGGGCGGCAGCGAUGCUGAAGAAGAAGCAGGAGGAGCUGGAGGCGGUGGGGAACGCGGAUGCCAUGGCGAGCAAAGAGGAUGAAAUCAAGGAGGCGAAGAGGGGAGAGGCAGCAGCAGUGGCGGAGAGGGACAGAGCUCUCAAGGCUUUGGAGGAUGCUGCAGUGGACCAUGAGACGCAGAUGGCAGCUCGAAACGUGGCAUUGAUGGAAGCGGAAACGAAGAUACGGGAGCUGACGGGCAGGCUGGAGGCGGUGAGGCAGCAGAGCCGGGCGGCACAGGAGGAGAUGCACGGGCGGAUGAUGGACCUGGAGGACGGGUGGCGCGAGAAGCUGCGGCAGCAGGAGGAGAAGCUAAAGGGGCAGACGGACAGCCAGACAGCCUCCCUAGAAAGUGAACUGAGGAGGAGAGUGGAGGCGGGGGAGAGGGAGCACGCAGCGUACCGAGAGAUGGCGGAUCGAACCAUCGAGGCCAAGGACAAGGCGAUCGAGGGGAAGGACAAGGCGAUUGCGCGGCUCUCUGCUGAAGCGGCACGCCUGCAGGAGGCUCUGAUUGCCGCCCAGUCUGGUGCUGCUGGUGGUGGCGCUGGUGCUGGUGGUGCUGGUGGUGGUGGUGGUGGUGGUGGUGCUGGUGGUGUUGGUGGUGUUGGUGGUGAGGGUAUUGGUGCUGUCAAUGCUGCUGGUGGGGAGGAUGGGUUGAAGCUUGCGGGACUGGGUGCUGCUGGGAUGGAUGGAGCGGCCAGCCCCAGGAAGCCAGCGCUCAUCUCGCCCCGUUCUCGAAUGUCAGACCCGGGUUUCGGCAAAUCAGGCGCAUCCGGACUGCCUCUCUCCCUCGAGGGUAUGGGGUUGGCCGACAACCCAGCAGAGAAGGCUGCAAUUGCAGAGCAACACAUCCUGUUCCUUGCUCGGCAGCAGGCGCAGAGGGAGGAGGAGGUAGCACAGUGUAGAAGGCACAUUCAGGCACUGCAGGAGGAGAUCACAGACCUGCAGAGGGAGAAUCAACUGAGAGCCAAGCAGGAAUCCGUCUUGAAGGAGGAGCUUAGGAACAUGGAGAGGGCGCAGAAGAGAGAGACGGUGGACAUGACUUACCUGAAGAACGUGAUUCUGCAGCUGCUUAUCAGAACAGACCAGAGGGCAACGCUCAUUCCUGUGAUCGGCAUGAUACUGCAAUUCAGCCCAGAUGAGGUGAGGCUAGGAGCGCAAGUUAGAACGGGAAGAGUGAGAUGGGUGGUUGGGUUGAGAGUGACUGCUGUGCUGCUGCAGAGGAGAGUCGCGCUAUACUACCGUGAUAACGAGACGUGGAUGACGGCAAUGGAUUAUGGAGGACGCGACGAGAAGAGGCGCACGAAAGAGAGAAGUGGGAAAGGUGCGGGGGGGGGGGGAGGAGGGUGCAAGGGGGCGGGGAGAGGGUGGAGGGGCAAGAAGGGGAGGGAGGGGCGCGAGAGGGGAGGGAGGGGCGCGAGAGGGGAGGGAGAAGUGGCUUUGGCAGGGGAAAAAAAACAGGGGGCGGGGGCCGGGAAGGGUGGGGGGAGAGCGCCGAGAGAGGAUGGGAGGACGAGGGAGCAUGGGGCGAAAGGAAACGGCAGGAAUGAAGAAAUCGAAAGAGAGAGAGAGAGAGAGAGAGAGAGAGAGAGAGAGAGAGAGAGAGAGAGAGAGAGAGAGAGAGAGAGAGAGAGAGAGAGAGAGAGAGAGAAGAGGACGCCGGGGAGGAGAAUGAGGAGAAUAAGGAAGCGAAAAGGGGAAUACGAAAGCGAGGAGGAGAGAAGGAAAGUCACGGUGAAUGGGGAAGCGACGGGAAUGUGGAAGUGA